CUGAAUCAGCAGCAGCUGACAAAAGCAAAACAAAUCAAUUUCAAAACCGGUUUUUCAACUAAGCCAAUUUGCAAUUUGCUUCCAUCAAAUCAAAUUUUUAAUUAAAAUAGCUAAUUUUAACAAACUGAACACGAUGUGUGCCUAAAUUAACCGUAGAAUACAUACAUUUAAAGGUGAAUUUUCAUUUCACAUAAAAGGAAACAUAAUUGUUGCAGGAUCGUUAUUUUUACAUAUAAAAAUGACGAAAGACGACGAUAUUUCUACUUUUACGAAAAAUGGGGCUGGACACAUUUUACAAGAUUUACUUUCCUCCACGGUCCUACUCAACAGGUCAAAUGUUGUCCCCCCACCACAUCACUACUUCCCCCUGAAAAUUGAGGGGGACAAUUCAACCCCAGAAUUAUUAACGUCGUCCUGUUCGAUCUGUUCCGAAUCGACAAAUCUGCGCCCUUUCGCCGUCCUAGAAAUGGAAAUUCUCGCCAAAUUCGUCCUAAAUCAGGAGCAAAUUUCUCUCAUUUGGCAAACCGAAAAUCAUCCGCCAAUAUUUUGUUGUAAAACUUGUUCCUCCGCGAUCCUCUCGUUGGCCAAGUUGACCACGCAGAUCGAAAAUAUUACUAUUUCUCUUCGUGCCGUCAUUUCCAGCAGGAACGGACUCGUCAAUAUACUGCGAAACGAAUCUGCAAAAGUUUCUGAAUCAUCUUGCGAAAUAGCUGCUUCCAGCGGUUAUCAUCCUGCUGCCGAUAAGAUUUCUCACGAUGACGAUAACCAACCCUUAACUGGGUUCAUUACGGAGGAAGAAUUCUCUGUAAAAGUCGAAUACGACGACGGUCACGAAAUCGCAACAGCUCCUAAAAUUGACUCGAACCUUGCAAAUUCCGAUGUCCCUGCGGAACGAAGAUUUGUGUGCAAAAUAUGCCAACCUAAUGUCACAUCGCGCACACAUUUUGAUCAACGGCGCCACAUGAGGAAUUAGAAAAUUCAUCCUUGUAUGAAUUACGACGUUGAAGCUCCCUUACCAAGAGAGAAAAUUCCUUGCAAAAUAUGUGGGAUAAAGUUGUCCCGUAAAGACAUUUUUCAUCGGCACAUGCGAACGAUACAUCGAGACAUUUCCCCCGGGGAUAUUGCAGCGGCAUCAAAGGGAACAGAUCGACUCGUCCCUCCACAAUUUCCAUGUCCACAAUGUGACCAGAGUUUUACGUUGCUCUGGAACUUACGCCGACAUAUGCGAUCCGUGCAUGAAAUCUUGGUUCCUUUUCAGCGGAAGUGCCCCAACGGCCCCCAACUGUGCCCGAGUUUGAACGUAAUGCAAAAGCACAUGGCACAAUGUCACGAUGUUCCCGUUCCAACUAAAGAAGACCUGAGUUCCUGUGCUAUAUGUGCAAAAAUCUUUGCCAGCCAGGCAAACCAGAGGCGUCACGUGGAACUGUUCCAUUUCCUGGACAAGACGUCCUGUCCGUACGGAUGUGACGUCAAGAUUGACUCGGAGGCUGACUGGGUGUCGCAUUUGGAGAGAUGUGAUUCCCCAAAAAUGAUAAAAAAAUCAAAAAUUUUAAUUAACCUAUGUAAUGUAGGACUCCAUGACUUAGAGAAUGUUCGUAAAUUAUGUGACCUUUGUCGGAGGAUAAAGAUUUAGCAUGAUAGCCCAAUUGACGCCAUAUGUUAAAACGAUAGGAGGAGAUCUGAAAAUCGCCAUUUUUUCUUAGUGAGGCAAAUACCUGGCAACGAAAAAAAUUUGCUAAGUAUGCAUUUACCCCACCCAAAAAAAGUGACAUAAGUCGAUUUCUCGGUCAUUUCUCAACCGAUUUUGAUGAAAUUUUGCACAGAUCAUUGUUAGACAAUUUAGAAAAGAUGUGCUAGUCGACUUGGCGAAUUUUUGAUUUUUACCCAAGUUAUGUGCCAAAAUGUGCAAAAAUUUUCCCCUGAAAACAUAUUUAUUUUUAUGAUUCAUAAGUGGUGUAUCUCAGCAUGCUCGCUUAUUGAAAAUAUUUUAGUCAAAGUCAUUCCGGAUAUUUUAAGCGCAAAAUGACCUAAAUCGGUUGAGAAAUAACGGCGUUAUUCAAGUUUGAAAAUCAAAAAUUUAAUAAAAAUAUUCAGGGUGCCGAUAAUAACGGCGGUUGUGCAGUAAAAAUAAUGUCUUUGACAACCAAUUACAAGUUUUAAAUAAACAAGGCCCCCCAAAAAAGGAAAUCUUAGUGA